AUGAUUGAGCAAUACUUGGAGUAUUGCAAAGAGCAGUGUCACAAGCCACUUAGUAGGUCUUCUCUGUUUAAAAUAUUGGAGGUUCGCGAAGCGUCUCAGCGUAAAUCGCUCCAGGGUUUAGACAAUACGGCUGCACAUGGUGCUGCGGGCUAUCAGACUAUCGAGACGCUGGUUGAAACUCUUGAGAAAGGAGGAAUGGAAAAACAGUGGUGUCUACUUAUUUGCCAAAACCUACGCGAUGCUAAACGCUAUCUCAAAACUGACUACCGGGUGCACUGUCAACAGCACUACUCUACUUGCGCUGACCACUGUAGAAAGUUUGCGCUUAGUGAUCCUGUUGAUCCCGAGCUACAGCGCCCUUGUCCGCGUCAGCAUCAGUCGACUUGCGAGCAGUGCCAAGGGCUGAAGGAUGUUCCAAAGGAAGUAAGACUAGCGAUUGAAGGGUCAUCGUGGAAGCCUUACAGUUCCGAACAACGAGAAGAUGUCCUUUACGACUUUGAUAGUGCACAGUCAGACAUCUUGCUGUGGAAAGCGCACAUUGUGCGCUCAAUAAAUCAGGAGGAGGCGAAACAAGAUGUACUAAAAUCAGAAGACCCACAGUCUGCCAUUCUGAUCAUGGACUGGGUUGUGAAGUUCCUCAAAAUAAAAUUUCGUGAGAAACAGUCUGAAUGGUUAGGCAAAAGGGGGCUGAGCUGGCAUAUUUCCACCCUUAUAACUAAGAAUGUUGACUCUGGAAAAAUUGAGCUGAAAUCGUAUGUGCAUAUCUUCGACUCUUGCCAACAAGACUGGUACGUAGUAUGCUCGAUCAUCGAAAACACACUUGAGGUAGUAAAGAAAAAACAUCCCCAGAUUACCCAAGUGAACCUAAGGAGUGACGAAGCAGGCUGUUACCACAAUAUCUUUCUCUUAGCCGCCGUUAGAGAUGCCGGAAGACGAGUAGGCAUGGAAGUACCACGGUAUGACUUUUCCGAGCCGCAUUAUGGAAAAGAUAUCUGUGAUAGAAUCCUUUGUCCAAUGAAAUCAUCCAUCCGAAGAUAUUGCAAUGAAGGACACGGUGUCGUUUCUGCCAAAGACAUGCGUGUAGCGCUCUCAGAACGCCCUGUUCAAGGUACAACUGCCUCCGUGUGCGCAAUAAAUGAGACUCAAAAGACACUCGAAGUACAUAAGAUACAAGGUUUCAGCAAGUAUCACAAUUUCAAGUUUAAAGGGGAAGGAAUUAGAGCAUGGAGAGAUUAUGGUGUUGGACUGGGCAGGUUUAUUCCUUACCGAGAAGUCAUAACUGAACCUCAAGGUUCUACUGACCUUAUUGUGCAUGAGAACUUCUUUCCUCUCAAAGAAGCUCUAGCACAUAAGAGAGAGACAAACAGUGAAAAUGAGCAAAGCAACGGUCUUUUCUCUUGUUCUGAGCCCGGGUGCAACAUGGUUUUCAAGAAAUUCAGUGGACUCGAAAAUCACCUUGAUGUUGGUGAGCACAGCCAAGUUCGCCGAAACCUUGAUACGGUGUAUGACAAGCUCAGAAGAGACUGGGCGGAGAAAUUUCGUACUGUUGAUAAGGAUGAA